AUUCAAGCCCGAUCAUUGGACAAAAGAACUUACCACCCGCCAGUCGAUUCAAUCUGGCCUAUGCUAUUGCAAGUGAAUGAAAGGGCCAGUUUCCGUCAGAUAUCAAUGCACUGCCAGUCUGCCAGUGAAUGAUCAGAUACCAAAGCAGUUUUUCCCUUCAGUUUUGAUGAUUCGACACGACAUCACCGAGAGAGCUUCAAAUGAGUCCAUAACUAAUUGAAUGGAUCUUUCCAGCAACCUUUUGGACCAUCCGCCAAGGUAUAAAGGAUGAAAGAUUCCUGCAAACAGUGGCAUCGUCUUUUCUUUCGUCUGUCUCCACCUGAGGAGAUCUACUCAUCACCGAAAAUCUCAGCAGACAUUUUUCCUGGAACCAUUUCUGGAGAAAUUAAGGCUCGGGAAACUCGGAGGCAUGUCAAAAUAUCACGGAGUCUAAACAUAGAACAAAUCCUAUGGAGACGAAGAUCGAGCCAAGCGGUGGCAAGGAAGACAGGAGAUCGAGAUGCAAGGGGUGGUGGUGGUGGUGGUUCUUCGUGUUCGUAUUUGGGGUUCUCGUGGUUGCCUUGGCUGUGGUCACCAUCCUAAGGCACUACUUCCACUCAAGGCCCUCCUCAGGAGUCCCCAGCCACCCCGGUGAUGUUGCUGAGGAGUAUGUCAAUGCUCUUGGGAUCGCUAUGCAGUUCUUCGAUGUACAGAAGUGUAUGGGUACUCCGCUCGAUGUCGUUACAGAUUAUUUAGCGGGAAAGUUGGUUAACAACCGAAUCGCUUGGAGAGGUGACUCGGGUCUAGAAGAUGGGCGACAAGCAGGCGUUGAUCUAUCCAAAGGGAUGUAUGACGCAGGGGACCUGAUGAAGUUCGGCUUUCCAAUGGCCUUCACUGCGACAGUUCUGUCCUGGGCGAUUCUUGAGUACGGUGAUCAGAUGGAUGCCGUGAGGCAGUUAGACCAUGCCCAUGACUCCCUUAAGUGGAUCACCGAUUAUCUCAUCAACGCCCAUGUGUCACAAAAUGUGCUCUAUAUUCAGGUGGGAGAUCCCAAAAUAGACCAUGACUGCUGGGAACGGCCCGAAACCACAACCGAGAAACGGCCCCUCACUCAAGUAAAUGUUUCCUUCCCCGGGACUGAAGUGGCAGCGGAAACUGCUGCAGCUAUGGCCUCGGCAUCCAUGGUCUUCAGGAAACUCAACUCAACUUACUCGGGCCUCCUCCUCAAUCAUGCUCAGCAGCUGUUUGCAUUUGCCGACACUUACCGUGGCUCAUACAGUAUCAGCAUCCCACAACUCCAACAGUUCUACAACUCUUCCGGGUACGGAGAUGAGCUCCUAUGGGCUGCCUCCUGGCUCUAUCUGGCCACAGAGGACAGGUCCUACCUUAGAUAUGUGACGGUUGGUAAUGGUCGCAUAUUUGCUAAUUGGGGGACGCCUAGUUGGUUUAGCUGGGACGACAAGUACCCCGGAGUUCAGGUUCUUUUAUCCCGAAUUAAUUUCUUUGGGGCAAAAGAAACAUCGGUUUCGGAGAAUGUAGGACUCCAGAAGUACCGGGAAACUGCGGAGAUGAUGAUCUGCAGGCUGCUGCCUGAUUCAGCAACCGCCACAAGUAGCAGAACUGAAAGCGGACUAAUAUGGGUAACCGAAUGGAAUUCCCUACUGCACCCUGUGGCCUCUGCCUUCCUGACCGUUCUAUAUAGUGAUUACAUGCUCACUUCUCGAACUCCAGUGUUAUACUGCAGUGGAAAAUCCUACAAGCCUGCAGAUCUUCGUGAGUUUGCCAUCUCACAGGUGGAUUACGUGCUUGGGAAAAAUCCGGUGAAGCUGAGCUAUCUCGUCGGUUAUGGGAUCCGCUACCCCCAGUAUGUGCACCACAGAGGAUCCUCCAUUCCCAUUAAUGCCACGACCGGAUGCCAGGAUGGGUUCAAGUGGCUCCAUUCCCCAGAUCCCAACCCCAAUGUAGCCGCUGGGGCAGUUGUGGGCGGGCCUUUCUUGAACGAGACCUAUAUCGACUCCCGGAAGAGCUCCACGCACGCUGAGCCUAGCACCUACAAUAGUGCCCUUCUAGUGGGCCUGCUCUCGGGCUUGGUGUCGAGGUCUUCAGUGCCCAAAUCUUUCGUCUAGGAAAGCAGUCUUCUCGUUGUGUUCGAUCAUUUAGGGUUAGAUAUCGUUGCGAUAUGUUUUAUCGGUAUCAGUUUAAAGCUUUUCGGUCUGUAAUCGAGUAGAAGUAAGCACUUCUUAAUGCUGCAUUUUGCUUUGCUGCUGAGAGGAAAAUUUUUGGUCUGUACAGACGUUGUACAUAAAGCAAGUCUCUACUUGGUCAGAAUGAAAUAUUUAUAUUUAUGCCCA